AAAAGGAGUGGCUGGAAUAAGCGAACCGGCCUUACAGAUUCCGACCGUCUCUUCAACAUUUGAAAGACACCGUUGUUCCGUUAAAGAGGGAGAAAGACGGCACAUUUUGGUUCGAUUUUUAUUCGAAAAAUCAGACGCUGGAAAGACUAAAUUGCCCUCACUUGAGCUGAAAAUUCGACGGUUGAUAUUUUCAAUUUUUCAGUUAGGAAAACGGAGAAUAAUGGUGGCGCAGUGUUGGAGUUGCUCUUCUUAUCCAAAAUCAACUUCUCUGUUUUCUCAAACCCUUUUGUUGGCUCUUUCAGAUCCUAAAACCCGCCAAUCUUACCGUUACAAUGCCAAUUGCAAGUACAGUUUUCCUCUUCUAAAAACGCCUAGAAACAGAAACAGAGAGUUACGUAAGAGUAAAUUCAGUUGUUUUUGCCAACUGGGUCUCGAAGAUAUUGCUGGGAUCGCUCACAAUAAGGUAUUGAUAGCUGCUGGUGCAUCAGCAGCCAUUGGUCAACUCUCCAAGCCAUUCACUUCUCUGCUUCUAUAUGACAAAGAUUUUGAUUUCAAGACAGCCUUUCAGGCUGGGGGCUUCCCUUCUACCCAUUCCUCUGCUGUUGUGGCCACUGCCACUUGUCUUGCUCUAGAGAGGGGUUUCUCAGAUUCAAUUUUUGGUCUUACAAUGGUUUAUGCUGGCCUUAUCAUGUAUGACGCGCAGGGGGUGAGGAGAGAAGUGGGAAAUCAUGCAAAAGUAGUAAACAAAUUACUAUCCAAGACCCCAGCCAACACAAGCCCAAGAGAUGAUUUGAUUGAUUCUCAACAGUUCACAUUGUCCAAGGAAGGAAGGCCUCUUGCCAAAAAAUCAACAAACUCACCUCUUUUACUUGAAUCAGAAAAUAAAACCAGGCAGGCAAGUCAGCUUCUGAUAUCCUCGAGCUUAGCAGCUAAUGAAGAAGAAACAAGAAAAAAUUUUAAUACUUCAAUUCCAUUGAAGGAAUCAAUAGGCCACACUGAGGUCGAAGUUAUAGCUGGUGCGUUGUUGGGUUUCUUUGUAAGCUUAGCAGUGUAUACAGUUGUGUGAUAACUAAUUUAAAUACUAAAAAACAAAAAUUUUUCUUGUUCUAAAAUUUUACACGAACAAUUUAUUGUAAUCCAUAAUUUAUUUUAAAUAAAGAAUUUAUUAAUUU